GCACGAUCGCAUUUACCUUUUUGAAAAUCCCGAAACUCAUGUAUAGCUUCCUUGAGAAGCCUUUCACAAACCAAGGACACAUUCGGUAUUUCCCCAAAUCUCAAUACCCUUUCCUCAAAAAAUUUCAACUUCCCUCUCUUCUCGAAACAACGCCAAUUAUGGCGCCUUCUUUAUAAUCAUUUUAGGGUUUCAAAUUCACUCAUCAAUCAAUCACAUCACACUCACAAAAACCACAACCACUUCAAUCGAAACCAAUUAGGGUUUCUCAUUCGUUCAUUUUCAUCAUUUUCUUCAUCAAAUUCGCCAGAAAAAAAAACCGAAAAUGGCUGUGAAUCUGACACCAGGUGCGAUUAAGACGAUGUGUUUCACUUCGGAGGAAUUGCAACCGGUUUUACAAGUUAUCGAUUUGAAGCUUGUUCAAGCGCAGCAGAAUAGUACUACUGAAAGGUACCGAUUAGUUCUAUCUGAUGGUUCGUUUUAUCAACAAGGAAUGCUCGCUACUCAGAAGAAUAAACUGGUUCAAGAUCAAAUAUUGCAGAAAGGUUCCGUUGUUAGACUCACUCAGUACGUUUGUAACGAUGUUCAGAAUCGCAAGAUUAUUAUUAUUGUUGAUCUUGAGGUUAUGCUGGAAAAAUGUGAGUUGAUUGGGACUCCUGUUUCGGUAAACAAUGCUGCUGGUCAAGCAGGAAAUGUACAACCAGCUGCUGGUCAAUUAGGAAACAAUGCUGGAAAUUCACAGUAUUCAAACAGUAAUUCCCAUGCAGGUGGCGUUAAUGUUAGACCAAACGUGGCUGUGCCAUCUAUAGAUCGUUCGAACGUGAAUCCUUCUGCCAGCAGUGUUUAUUCUAACAGUUCUGAACCUGCAAGAUAUGGUGCAUCUAAUGCUCCUCCAUCUUAUGCUAAACCUGAGCCUGGAGUCAGUUUGAAUAGAUCAGCACCAGUCAAUGCGUCUUAUGGUGAACAGAAUACAAGUUUCCGCAGUCCACAAUACCAGGCUUCAAAUCCAGUGCAAAAUUCUUUUGCUCGCCCUCCUCAGCCUAUGAAUCGACAGCCAUCUCCAAUGUACACCAACAGAGGCCCUACAGGAAGAAAUGAUGCUCCUCCAAGGAUACUUCAAAUAUCUGCAUUGAAUCCAUAUCAGAAUAACUGGACAAUUAAAGCCAGAGUAACGACUAAAGGAGAACUUAGGCACUAUAGCAAUACCCGAGGUGAUGGAAAAGUAUUUUCUUUUGAUCUUUUGGAUUCUUAUGGUGGAGUAAUACGGGCAACUUGCUUUAAUGCUGUGGCAGAUAAGUUCUAUAAUGAAAUUGAAGUCGGUAAAGUCUAUCUUGUUUCCAGGGGAAGUGUGAAGCCAGCUCAGAAGAAUUUUAAUCCCCUUCCUAAUGAAUAUGAGAUAACGCUUGAUAUGACAUCAGUUAUACAGCCAUGCCUUGAAGAUGAUAACUCAAUUCCAAAACAGAUAUUUAAUUUUCGUUCCAUUGGUGACGUUGAAAGUAUGGAAAACAACAGCAUUGUGGAUUUGAUUGCUGUGGUUACUUCUAUCAGUCCCACAGCUUCAAUCAUUAGAAAAAAUGGCACUGAAACACAGAAGAGAUCUCUCCAGUUGAAAGACAUGUCUGGCCGAAGUGUUGAAUUAACUUUAUGGGGAAAUUUUUGCAAUAGCGAAGGACAAAGGCUGCAAAAUAUUUGUGACUCGGGGGAAUUUCCAAUUUUGUCUGUAAAGUCUGCCAGAGUAAAUGAUUUCAAUGGGAAGUCUGUUGGGACCAUAACCACCAGCCAAUUAAUUGUAGAACCUGAUUUCCCAGAGGCUCUUACACUGAAAGAAUGGUUUGAUAAGGAAGGGAGGAAUGUCCCAAGUCAAUCUAUUUCCAGAGAAUCAUCUAGUUUUGGUCAAAGUGAAGUGCGGAAGACUGUAAAUCAAAUUAAGGAUGAAAAUUUAGGGACUAAAGAGAAGCCUGACUGGAUAUCUAUCUGUGCAAAUAUUGCAUUCAUUAAAGGUGAACCUUUUUGCUACACAGCUUGUCCUAUCAAGAUAGGAGAUAGGCAAUGUAACAAAAAGGUUACCAACAAUGGAGAUGGGAAAUGGCGCUGUGACAGAUGUGAUCAGUCUUUUGAUGACUGUGAUUAUAGGUACUUACUGCAACUGCAGAUACAGGAUCACACCGCUAUAACAUGGGUUACUGCUUUCCAGGAGGGUGGUGAGGAGAUCAUUGGUAUGCCUGCAAACGAUUUGUAUUUACUGAAAUACGAAGAAUCAGAUGAUGUAGCAUCAGCAACAAUCUUCCGCAAGGCUCUCUUCGCUAAAUAUGUGUUCAAGUUAAAAGUAAAGGAGGAGACAUUUAAUGACGAAUCACGUGUUAAGUCAACAAUUGUAAAAGCAGAGAAGGUAAACUUUGCAUCUGAUUCUCGAUCUUGUCUGGAUUUGAUUGAUAAACUUAUGUCCGAGAAAGCAGAAGGUACCACUAUUAACUCUGUGAUCAAUAAAACUGGACUGGGGAACUUUGAAACUGGACAAGUUAUGCCACCCAUAUAUAAUCCUAUAAAGAGCAACACUAAUACGGGUAGAGAUUAUGGGACCCCAGCAAACCAAGUGGGUCAGUAUGGAAACCAAUAUAACAGUUCUUUUGCUUCGUCAGGGGCUCCUGGUUCGUACAUGUCAUGUAGCACAUGUGGAGGCACUGGGCAUAGCUCUGCACAAUGCCUAAAUAUUAGAAAUCAAUCUGGACAGUCUGCUGGAGGAGGGGCCUUUGCUAACAGGGUAUCUGCUGGAUCAGGCGGUGCUUCUGGUAAUUGUUAUAAAUGCCAACAACCUGGACAUUUUGCAAGAGAUUGUCCUGGUAUCGCUGCAGCACCUUCGGAUCAGUAUUUGCAGCGCCCAACUGCUGGAUCAGGUGGUGGUUCUGGUGAUUGCUAUAAAUGCCAACAACCUGGUCAUUGGGCGAGAGAUUGUCCUGGUAACGGUGCAGCACCUCAAUCUUAUGGAAACAGUAAUGCAGGGCAAGGAAGAUAUGGUACUGCUCAAAAUCAGCAGUAUGGAGGACGAUAUUGAAAUUUGGCAGAACACUACUUUUUGAAUCAAGUUUGUGUUCAUUUUCAUUUUUUUUCUUCUUUCAAGUCAUGUCUUAGAAGUUGUCUUUACUAUUAACUAUGUAGAUAUAGAUGACUUAAUUAUGUGGUGUUGAUGCGGCAUUUCUUAUGCUGACGUUUUGCAAAAUGCCACCUGCGUCUUUUAUUUUCAGCUGUGUCUUUUAACUGAUACUCCUACGAUUAAUCUAAAUAGAGAUGCAUAUUUUAA